GGGAAAAAAAGACAAAUUUAAAGGCUGAGCUUCUUCCUUGAAGUCAUUUUGAGAAACAGCAUCCUACGUGUCGCCUCCAGGCAGUGGCAGAAAAAACACAGAAGGGAUGGGAACAAUGCAGUUAAAGAUUCAGAAACUUUUAUUUUUAUUGACCUUCACAGGGGUAUGUGCAGCUCAAAAUGACAUCACGUUAUCUGUGUUUACGGCGACGUCGAAGAGUAUCACACUGCAGUGGAGCGGCCACACGGGCGCCAGCUCCUACAAAAUCACGGCGACCCCCGAGAAUCCGUCCGAACGACAGGUCUUCGCUCAGUUCAGCGGCAACACGGUGAUGGCCUCGGUUAUCUCCCUGUCACCAAACACAGAGUACACCAUGAAGCUGGAGGCCAGGGACAACGCUGACAACAUCCUCAGCAGCGCAGUGAUAGAGGCCAAAACUGCUCCCGAAAUACCCAGAAUUGAGCAGGCCUACUCCAAAAACAGCGACAGCAUCACCGUGGAGUUCACGGAGGUCUCCGAGGCGGACAGCUACAUCCUGAGGGCAGAGUCAAAGACGGGUGACUUCUUCUACGAGACCAAUGUGACCAGCUCCCCCGGCACCAUGGUGCAUCUCCAGCCCUACACGGACUACGUUAUGAGCGUCCUCUCCCUCAACUCUUCCCUCCCGGGGAGAAGUCAGCCUUCGUACCCUGUUGAGGCCAGAACGGUUGUGGUGGCGCCCAAGUUGAACAUGUCCGCCCCGACCAACGACACCAUCUUUGUCUCCUGGACACCGGUGGAGCACGCCAAAUUCUACACGCUGUGCAUCAUCCGCGAGGGCUCCAGCACCCGUCUCAAAAUGAACACCACUGACACCAUGGUUACGUACGACAACCUUGAAGCGGGAACGACGUAUUGCAUCAAGGGCAUGGCCUGGGACUCUGAGGGUCGCACUGGGGACACCCUCACUGCCUGCCAGAUUACACGUCCUCCAAGCCCAGAUGUGACCCACGUCCAAGUGACUCAGGGUCGCUCUCUUGGCAUCGCUAUAUACUGGUUGCAAGUCCAGGGCGCUACUACCUACAUGGCUUGGACCACUACUGGCCAAAACUGCUCAACAGCAAAUAUAUACUGCUUUAUCACGCCCGCAGAGUGUGGACAGAAUCACACCGUCUCUGUCAUAGCUUAUAAUGACGCUGGUCCCAGCAGCCCCUCAGAAUCAAUUGACUACAUAACAUACCCGUGUCCUCCGGAGAACAUCUGGGUGGAGGAACCCACAGCUGGUAACUGCUCGGUGAUGUGGGACGCGGUACCACUGGUGGAGCAUUACAUGGCUUUCAUCAAGCGGGAUGACGGCACUGAAAAGUCUUGCAACACCACUGAAACUACCUGUCCAUUUUUCUGCAUGUGUGGCUACACAUACCUCACCAGCGUGUUACCCUACAACCAGGCCGGCUCCAGCCUUUACGCACACGUCCGCAACUACACCACCAUUCCUUGUUGUCCACAGGACGUUUCCAUAAACCUCGUCUCUACAGAGACCCUGGAGAUCAUGUGGUCCCCGGUCAAAGGGGCCGAGCUCUACGAAACGACAGCAGCACAGACCAACGAUGUCAUCCACUGUAACGACACGUCACCAAUGUGUGCACUCUCCGAUCUGACGUGCAACACGCCUUAUUCUGUGACGGUGACACCUUGCAGCGAGUUACGAGGAUGCAACCGCACUUGUACACCACACACACACGAGACAGCCCCCUGCGCUCCAGAGAUUCUGAAUUUGACCCAGACCAACAGCUCCACAUACAGAGUCCUCAUCACCACCCCUAACAGCCCCGAAACCGACUACACCGUCACUGCCACGGGACGCUACGACAGACACAUGUGCCACUCGAGAAACAACUCCUGCGUGCUCACGCUAUUGCCUUGCGGGUCAAUAUAUGAGGUCACAGCAGUGGCCACCACAUCUGCAGGGAAAAGUCUUCCUGGAUUCAGUAAACCUUUGGAAACAGGUCCUUGCUGCCCCUCGUAUGUGAAUGUCACCCAGGUCACCCAGGCUAUGACCAAUGUGACCUGGUCACCUGGCACCGGAGCUCGCUCAUACAUUUCCUCCCUGACGUCCCCACGAGGACAUGCCAAGUGCCACACUCUGGACACCCACUGCCUGAUGGGAUGUAUCACCUGUGGCACCAACUACAGCGUCCACCUGGAAGCCAUCAGCAGCACAGGACACAAGUCAGAGUGCAAAUAUCAUGGAUUCUCAUCCAGUGCCUGCUGUCCAACAGGUGUGAAGCUCUACCGACGCACCAACAACUCCCUCAGGGUGUACUGGCGUUCACUGGGUCCUCAUAUCUAUAAUCACAUAGUGGAGUUGUACGGGACAGGUGCCAAUUACACGUGCACCGCAGCCCCAGGCAGCAUGUACUGCGACAUCCAGGAAGAAACUUGUGGAGAUGUCUACACAGUGGUGGCAGCACCUGUGGGACAGUACGGGGUCAAAGUCAAUUUCUGUCAGCCCCGAACUUACUCAGUACCCUGCCCAGGAAGUAAUGCUGGUAUGGUGAUCUCUCGUGGAAGACGAAGUGUGAAUUAAAUGUGGGAUCACCCGCCCACCAUGUCCCGUAACAACACGACAAGAAGGACAGAGGCUUGUGUUUACGCCAAUCACAACUGUGAAGAUUCAGUAUACCCAGACGAAAUAUCUCUAUUGUUCAUGAAUAUCUAAGUUUUAUUAAGAAAAUAUAAUGAAUAUGGAAAACAUAAGCUAAAGCGAUACAAAUAUUAAGGAAAAAAUAUUUGAAAAAAAGUAAUUUUGCUACUUUUUAUGAAAGGAUUGCUGUUUUUUUUUAAACUUCCUGCUCUGCGAUUACAUAUUUUUAAUCAGCUGACUUUUGAAUAAGAUGUGACCUGAACAUAUAAUCAUCAUCUAAAAAGAAUCAAAUUAAAGCAGAACUUGAAACAUUACAGUGAGAUCUCCACAUAAAAGUAUCAGGACAGUCAAUCAUUUUACAGAAGAAUAUCUCUAAAAGCAAUAUCUUAGGACUCCUCCAAAUAGAAGACCUCCAUACGACUGCAGUUUGAUAUGUCUCCUGGUGGUAGAGUUGACCUGAAAGAGUUUGAAAGUGGGUCGGUGGGUAUCCAUCUCGUUCCCCUGGAGUCAUGCGUGGCAAGUCCUGUGGAUGAUACAUCUGCUCAUAUUGCUGGAAAUAGAUUCAGUGUUCACCGUCAUAGGAUUUGUUUGCUCCCUUUUGGCAGAUGAGAACAAUAAAGCACAACGUUUUUGCAUUA